UUGAAAAGACUCUCUUCGCUCGCUGCGCUCGCUCGCUCGUAAUAAACGAUGACAUGCGCUCAUGCCGCAACGAUAUUUCUAACACGUUACACACUUCAGGAAGUUCACCUGGACAACGUUUCCCACGGCCCUGUCUGUCCCAAUUCCAGCCGCAAACACCUACUGAUCAACAACACCUCAUAACUGUAAACGCAAUAUGCUCUUUGCCCUCCCUUCUACCAUACGAGAAGGGAGGGCACAUUCAUAAAACCCUCGUACACAUUCAUAAAACCCCUGUCCAUCAGAAGACGUCUCCGGCCACUAGGAAAGUGGCUAAAUCCUAUUUUCGAACGGCCUCAAUGAAAUUGGGUGUUAAUCCGCUUAGCGUGGCACCCUAGCGGCAUCUAACGGCACCACUGCGAAUCGCGCGGAGAAUGAGGGCGUCAUGAGAUAGAGAGAUUAUCGGAAGUGGCUGUGGGCGAACAGAGGUGGCAGAUGGAUUAAUCUGUACAGUUUUCAACUGGGGGGCUAACUAUGGGUGCUCAAGAAAAAGAAAUGUGAGGGAAAUGAGGGGAGAGGCCGGCCGUUAGAUAAGCUCCUGAGGGCAGAGACAGCGUGGACGGAAAGAGGACGGGGAGUGCCCGGGGCAUUUUUAAUGGGGGUCAGGUGUGCCCCGAGGCGGUAAAAACGGGGUCAUGUCGGUUGUAAAGUUUCGCUGCAGCGCGACGGCGGUCAGUUGGGACGGGAAGCGGACAGAGGCAGGGCCACACCUAGACUGCUGCCAGAGCCGUGCAAGGCCUGGGACGGGUGUGCCACCCCACAACAGGGAGCAGUCCCCUCCCAAGGAGCAGUCUCGUCCCAACACCCAUCACAAUCUCUCGCCGGUGCCACUGGCCUUUACCGAAGCGCCCUCUCCGCCAGCCAUGGGAUCGUCUCACCAGCGCCUCUGGCGGCGACCUCGCCAACUAGCGCUCCCGCUGAAUCUCCUGCUUCUGCUGCUACUGCUACCGACACGGGCGACACCUCUACCGGCGGCGACGAGGAGCAGCAGCCUCCUCGAGAGGACGAAUGAGGACGGUGUCCUCGCCAAGGACACGGCGGGAGGACUGAGAGAGGAGAGACUGAUGGAGCUGCUUACUCAGGCUGUCAAGGAAGGGAUCAGGCAUAAAAUCGAGCGCCUCUGCAAUAUCAGCGAAAAAGUGAGCUUCUCAGGAUCAGACGAUUCGCCUAGCUCAAAUGUCCUGGUGAGGACCAAGAACAACUUCAUUAAAGAGCUAUGUCCCGACAUUGGUGAUCGCUGCAGGAAGUACCCGAGGCCGCCACCAGAUGUCAGGGUGGUCGCCCCGGCCUCGCACUGGGCGGUGGGCGAUGUAGCCAGGUACGAGUGUCUCCCGGGCUAUCUAUUCAGCACCGGGGUCACUGAGGUGACCUCGACAUGUCAAACUGACGGAUGGAGUCAGCUGAUCUUCCCCAGCUGUGUCCGAGACCCGUGUCUUGCCACCAACGGCACGUGUGCGGGCGGCACGUGCAGCCACGUGUGCACCGCCGGCAUCUGUUCGGCCAGCUGCGUGUGUCCAGAGGGCACGGUCCUCUUCGAAGGUCAAUGUGUCUCGGACCCGUGCCACGGCAUGCCCUGCGGCGGUCCCGAGGUCACGCUGGGGGUCACUGUGGAGCGUGACCCCGACUCGGGUCAGCCCUGGUGUCGCUGCCACUGCCGGCCUGCGGCUCUGAACAUCAACAAUCGCUGUUUGGACUGUUGGAGCCCUGCCGGCGGCCGUCCACCGCUCUGCCCCUGUGACUCCGAUUCGGACUGUGACCGACGGGUGACUCUCAGCGGGACGGGCCGGCCUGUGCGGGCGGGAUUCUGUCUCCGCGGAGCGUGCUUCGACUGCGGACAGUUCCCCGCAGACAGCCCGGAGCUGCCGCUCGGGUGUCUCGUACAGUCCUCGGUCAUCGCACCACCAGCCAAUUCUCCGCAACAGCCGCCCAUACCCUUCCUGCCCGCGCCUCAGGAAAGUAAUGUAUUGUUUCAUGUACCCAUGGCUCCUGUGGUUCCAGCUAUGCCAAUAAAAGAGACACCAGAUAGGAACACAUUGCUCACCACUUCUACACAUUCCGACACUGCCACCGACUCAUCUAUCCAUCCGAAUAAAGAAAACUCCACCGGAUCGCCAGGACCAACUUCCGAGCCGCAAAUUCAAACUGUACCAGAAGGGCCGACACCGGAGGGGCAAGAACCGGAAGCAGAGAAGUCUGAGACAACAUCGGUUCCUGACGUGACAACAGAAACGCCAUCAACACCAGCGAAAGAUGGGUCGGCUUCACAGGCGGCGCAGCCAACAACAGAGGCUCCGAGUGCAACAACAGGUUAUCAACAGCCCACAGCAGCGACACUUGUGGAAUCUACAACGGCAGCCCUAGCGAAAUCUACAACAACGACCGCACAUGAGCCGGCAACGGAAGCUUCGGACACCACUACAGGAGCUUCAGUGACAACAACGGGUUAUCAACAGCCCACAACAUCGACGCCUGUGGAAUCUACAACGGCGGCAGCGCCUGAGCAGACAACAGCUGAGGAAUAUCCAACAACCGUUGAAUCUGCGACAGCGGUGACGCUCGAGGAAUCUACAACAGCGUUAGUGCCCGAGGAAUUCACCACGGAAGCAGCGCCCGUGCAACCUACAACGAAGGCUGCGCCUCCGGUGGAAGCUACAACAACGGCAGUGCCCGAGUCUGCAACGGUAGCUCCUGAGUCAACAACGGAAGCUCUGGGGGUAACAUUCGAUUAUCAACAGCCCACAACGGCAGUACCUGACGAUUCCACAACAAUGCCAGCGCCUGAGGAUUCUACAACAACGGCAGCAGUGUCUGAAGAAUCUACAACAGCAGCGCCAGUAGAAUCUACGACGGGUGCGACCGAGGAAUCUACAACGGUAGCGACUGAGCCUGCAACCGAAACUCCGGAGACGGCAUCAGAAGUCCCCGAGCCAACAACAGAAGCUCCCGAACCGACAAAAGAGACUCCAGUGACAACGGGGCAUCAACAGCUCACAACAACGGUGACGCCUGAGGAAUCUACAAUAACGGCAGCUCCGGUGGAGUCUACAACAAUGGCGGCGUCUGAGCCAACGACAACGGAGGAACCUUCAACAAUCGUGACGACUGAGGAAUCUACAACAAUGGUAGCAGCGCCGGUAGAAACUCCAUCAACGGAAGUCGCGCCUCCAGUAGAGUCUGCAACAACGGCAGAGCCUGCGCCGGCAACAGAGACUCUGGAGCCCACUCCAGAAACUCCAAUGACCACAAUGGGUUACCAACAGCCCACAACGGCAACAACUAAGGAGCCAACAACAAAAGUGACGUCCGUGGAAUCUACAACAACGGCAGCGUCCGAGUCAACCGAAGCUCCGAAGCCAGCAUCGGAUGCUCCAGAGCCGACCACAGAAGCUCCAGUGACUAUUUAUUACCAUCAGUCCACAGCAACAACGCACGUGGAAUCUACAACAACGUCGGCGCCCCAGUCAACAGAAGCUCCCGAGCCGGCAACAAAAGCUCCAGAGCCGACAUCAGAUGCUCCAGUGACAACAGCGGGUUAUCAACAGCCCACAACAGUGACAACCAAAAAGCCGACAACGACUGUGGCGCCCGUGGAGUCUACAACGACAGCAGGGCCUACAGUGGAAUCUUCAACAAAGGCAGUGACUGAAGAAUCCACAGCAACGAUAGCGCCUGAGCCAACAACAGAAGCUCCGGGACAAACAUCAGAUUAUCAACAACCCACAACAAAGGCGCCUGAGGGAGCUGCAGCCACUGUCAUGCCGGUGGAAUCUACAACAACGCCACCCACUGAGCCGGCAACGGGCGUUCCGAAGCCGACAGCAGAAACUCUGGAGACAACGGGUUAUCAACAGCCCACAGCAACAACGAGCGCGGCACCUACAAUAGCGGUGACGCCUGAGGAAUCUACUACAACGCUCGAGGAAUCUGCAGCAACGCUCGAGGAAUUUGCAAAAACGGCAGUAGCGGUGGAGGAAUCGACAACGACAGCGCCCGUGCUAUCUCCCGCCGAUUCUCCCCAGACAUCUCCGGCACUUGGAUCGGCUACCGUAGCGACAGAUGAGGGACAAAGAGGCUCAUCCAGCACCACCAAUUCUUCGAGGUCUCGGCCCACUGACGUCCAGACCGCUAUUUCUCCAGAAAACUUAAAACCAGUCAAUUCUACUACUGUAAUUAGACCUCCAAAAGUUCCACUUAAGACCCAUCCGGUAAUCUCUCCCGCCAGUGUUCAAACUGUCUCCUCAAACAAACCUGUACAACCGGAAUCGGACCCCGUCAAAACCCCUCCGAUCUCCACCGCCGGCGAAGUCAGCCCCGAUUUUCCAGAGGAAAAUCGCCUAGAACUUGACGUCCUCCCGCCAAGCACAUCCGCCUACGCACGACCAUCCGCUAUAGCCAGCGAUGUUGAGGAAGUCAAAGCCACUGCGGUAGUUCGACCAGCACCUCCAGCAAGUGGUGCUCAACCAGCCAACAACGCUCGUCCAGAUGCAACGAGUGUUCGUCCAACGAACGCUACAGCAGGCGUGAUUCUAGUUGACAGAACCACCAAUGAACGUCCAACUAUUACAGUCAUUGGCGUGAAGCCAGCAAGUACCACUGCAAAUGCUCGGCCUCCGUUCGUCUUUAUUCAUGCUCGUACAGAAAAUGCAGCGGCAAAAAUCCCAUCUUUCCCGGCAAGCGUUGAAGUUAAUUCAACAAAGGACGCGAAAAUUCGAUCGAACACCACUGAUCCCUCGGCGGAGAUCGAUCUUUUAAAAUCCGGAGAAACGUCAAAAGUUGAACCGCUUGCAACCACCGAAGUCAAAACACCCAGCGCACCCUACCAAGCUGCCACAGUAGGCACGAACACUACCCACACAUUGCCCAUAACUCCUAGCACACAUAGCAGCUCAGUCAACACAAGUCACUACCAACCUCCAGUCAAACCAGCCUCCAAAGUUCCAACCGACAUUCACUCUCCUUCCCAACCUCAUUCAACCGACAAAUCCCAGCAAUCCGUUCCAGUAUCCAAAGUCCAGCCGACAAAGCCCGACACCAGUCAGUCCCGCUUCUGGUAGCACCAAAGUCCAAGCCGUUUCCCUCACCAAGACUGUCCGUCCAACUUCCAACGUCCUCCCUACUUCUAACGUCAAACCAACCUCCCACACAGCAAAAACCCGUCCAGUGGUCUUUCCCUCCAGGACCGGACGUCCCUCCUCUUCUCCCAAAUCCCCAACGACCCAGACCGAGGCUCGAUCACGACCCUUUCCGAUAAUCUCUGCCACCCCUAGCGGCCUGGAACUGAGCGACAACGAGUUGUUAAACGUGCUGGAGGAGGUGCUGGAAGCGGCUGGGUCCGGAUCAGACCUGGACCCGUAUCCGGGGAGUCUGAUCCUUCCGCUCGGACCGGGACCCGAGGGUGGUCUUGUGACGCGGGUCAGAAAGGUCAGCAAUGUGCUACAGCUGCUGGGGGAGCGAGGGAGGGUCUGAGAGACUCCCCUCUGGCUGUAGUGUUGAUCAGCACGAUCUCAUUUUAUGUUGCAUUGUUUCAUUUUCACCCGUGUGUUGUAUAUAGCUUAUGUUUUAAAUAUCAUUGUUCCCAUGUUCGUUCGCUAUAGUAUCAUCCCCGCCUUGCAUGCCAUCGUUCAUUUGAUUGUAAAAUAUAUGUUCUGAGUGCCAAU